AUGGCGAAGCGCAGGUCGUCGUUUCCCAUCGUGCGAUGGCUGCUCAUCGCGUGCGCCUUCUCCUUCGUGCUCGUUCAGAUUCGGAUGCUGAUGGUGGGAACGGAGUGCUCGGACCGCGUGAAGGUGCUCAUGGAGGCGCAGCGCAAGUGGGCCAACGAGGCUCGCGCGCUGCGGAAGAACCUGACAGAUGUCACCCGAGACGCGAUGGGGCUGGAGGAGGAGCUGGAGAAGGCGCAAACGGCUUACAAGCAGACGCGGCAAGUCGCGAUGGGGCUGGAGGAGGAGCUGGAGAAGGCGCAAACGGCUUACAAGCAGACGCAGCAAGGUGAGUGGCGCAGGCGCCCGCAUGGGUUCCACCAGUGUGGUAUGGAUUGUCGGUGCUAUGCAGGGGGAGCAGGGAGAGCAGGGAGGAUGCGGGGAGGGGGCGAGGCAAAGGAUGCCGUGGCAGCGGUGGUGAUCAUGGCGUGUAACCGCGUUGACUAUCUCGAUCGCACCAUCCAAUCCGUGCUGCUGCACCACAAGGGCGCUGACAGCAAGUUCCCCCUCUUCAUCUCCCAGGACGGCACGAAUGCAGGCGUCAAGGAGAGGGCCAAGCAGGCCCACCAGUUCACCUACCUACAGCACAUCGAGACAGCACCCCCCAGAAUGAACAACCCAGGGGAGAACAUUGCGUAUUACAGAAUAGCAGAGCAUUACAAGUUCGCCCUCACACAGCUCUUUGACCGACGCCAGUUUCCACGUGUCAUCAUUCUCGAAGACGACAUGGAGCUAGCUCCUGACUUCUUUGAUUACUUUGAGGCCGCCUCCAACCUGCUAGAUGUGGACGAUCAACAACAACUCGCAAACCCUCCAUCGUCCCCAUCCCAUCCUUGCAGGUCCAUCCUAGCAGUAUCUUCCUGGAACGACAACGGGCAGAAGCAAUUUGUGCACGACGCGCACCAGCUGUACCGCUCGGACUUCUUCCCAGGGCUGGGCUGGAUGCUGAGGAGAGAGCUGUGGGCGGAGCUCAAGCCCAAGUGGGCCAGGGCCUACUGGGACGACUGGCUGCGCCUCCCGGAGCAGCGCAAGGGCCGCCAGACCAUCCGCCCGGAGGUCUGCCGAACCUACAACUUCGGGGAGCAUGGUUCCAGCAUGGGUCAAUACUUCAGCCAGUACCUGGCACCCAUCAGGCUCAACACCGAGCCCAUCAACUGGGCUCAGAAGGACCUCAGUUACCUGCUGGACGUCAGCUACCCGUCCUACAUGCUCUCCCAGCUGCGUUCGGCUCGCCUCAUCCCACUUGCAGCAGUCAACACCGAGGUGGUAACCCCAUCGGAGCUCGGUUACGAUGUAAUGGUGGAGUAUCGGGAUGAAGGCAGUUUCGCGGAGCUUGCGGGGGAGUUUGGUGUUUUUCAGGAGUGGAAGGCAGGGGUGCCGCGCACGGCUUAUAGCGGGGUUGUAGUGUUUCGGUACCAUGGGCCGCACCGGGUGUUUUUUGUCGAGCCCGUUCCGCACCGGCGGCGCGCUCUCCGCGUAUCCGCUCCGCGCGCGCAAGCCGACAAUGGCUCGAGUCAGAGAAGCGGGCCGCGGUGGGACCCGUUAUUAGCAGACUCGGGAACAGAUUGCCCCGUGCCGGAGGAGCAGCAGCCUAUUAACGAGUACCAGAGCCUUCUAGAGAGCGCGGUGUUCCCGUGGGUCACGCUAGACGGCCUUAACUACGCGCUGCGGCUCCUGGGCAUUGGAGUGGUUGUCUCCGCGCUGAUUGGCUGGCCUAUCGCGUCGCUGACGUUCGAUCCCAAGAGGGACGCGCUACAGUGUCUGCUGGGGUCACUGGGCGGCGGCCAGUUGGCGGUUACGUUGGCGGCGCUUCGGCUGUAUCUGGGGUGGUCGUAUAUCGGCAACAGACUGUUCAGUGCUACAGUGGAAUACGAGGAGACGGGGUGGUAUGACGGGCAGGUGUGGGUGAAAACCCCCGAGCUGCUGGCGCGAGACAGACUGCUCGCCUCCUACAAGGUGGGUCGGGUGGCACACACACAGCAGAUAUCCUGCUUCUUCCUAGCCUCGCUAGACGCGCAGGUGUUGGUGAAGACCACCAGACCAGAGCUGCUGGCGCGAGACAGACUGCUCGCCUCCUACAAGGUGGGUCGGGUGGCACACACACAGCAGAUAUCCUGCUUCUUCCUAGCCUCGCUAGACGCGCAGGUGUUGGUGAAGACCACCAGACCAGAGCUGCUGGCGCGAGACAGACUGCUCGCCUCCUACAAGGUGGGUCGGGUGGCACACACACAGCAGAUAUCCUGCUUCUUCCUAGCCUCGCUAGACGCGCAGGUGUUGGUGAAGACCACCAGACCAGAGCUGCUGGCGCGAGACAGACUGCUCGCCUCCUACAAGGUGGGUCGGGUGGCACACACACAGCAGAUAACCUGCUUCUUCCUAGCCUCGCUAGACGCGCAGGUGUUGGUGAAGACCACCAGACCAGAGCUGCUGGCGCGAGACAGACUGCUCGCCUCCUACAAGGUGGGUCGGGUGGCACACACACAGCAGAUAUCCUGCUUCUUCCUAGCCUCGCUAGACGCGCAGGUGUUGGUGAAGACCACCAGACCAGAGCUGCUGGCGCGAGACAGACUGCUCGCCUCCUACAAGGUGGGUCGGGUGGCACACACACAGCAGAUAUCCUGCUUCUUCCUAGCCUCGCUAGACGCGCAGGUGUUGGUGAAGACCACCAGACCAGAGCUGCUGGCGCGAGACAGACUGCUCGCCUCCUACAAGGUGGGUCGGGUGGCACACACACAGCAGAUAUCCUGCUUCUUCCUAGCCUCGCUAGACGCGCAGGUGUUGGUGAAGACCACCAGACCAGAGCUGCUGGCGCGAGACAGACUGCUCGCCUCCUACAAGGUGGGUCGGGUGGCACACACACAGCAGAUAACCUGCUUCUUCCUAGCCUCGCUAGACGCGCAGGUGUUGGUGAAGACCACCAGACCAGAGCUGCUGGCGCGAGACAGACUGCUCGCCUCCUACAAGGUGGGUCGGGUGGCACACACACAGCAGAUAACCUGCUUCUUCCUAGCCUCGCUAGACGCGCAGGUGUUGGUGAAGACCACCAGACCAGAGCUGCUGGCGCGAGACAGACUGCUCGCCUCCUACAAGGUGGGUCGGGUGGCACACACACAGCAGAUAUCCUGCUUCUUCCUAGCCUCGCUAGACGCGCAGGUGUUGGUGAAGACCACCAGACCAGAGCUGCUGGCGCGAGACAGACUGCUCGCCUCCUACAAGGUGGGUCGGGUGGCACACACACAGCAGAUAUCCUGCUUCUUCCUAGCCUCGCUAGACGCGCAGGUGUUGGUGAAGACCACCAGACCAGAGCUGCUGGCGCGAGACAGACUGCUCGCCUCCUACAAGGUGGGUCGGGUGGCACACACACAGCAGAUAUCCUGCUUCUUCCUAGCCUCGCUAGACGCGCAGGUGUUGGUGAAGACCACCAGACCAGAGCUGCUGGCGCGAGACAGACUGCUCGCCUCCUACAAGGUGGGUCGGGUGGCACACACACAGCAGAUAACCUGCUUCUUCCUAGCCUCGCUAGACGCGCAGGUGUUGGUGAAGACCACCAGACCAGAGCUGCUGGCGCGAGACAGACUGCUCGCCUCCUACAAGGUGGGUCGGGUGGCACACACACAGCAGAUAACCUGCUUCUUCCUAGCCUCGCUAGACGCGCAGGUGUUGGUGAAGACCACCAGACCAGAGCUGCUGGCGCGAGACAGACUGCUCGCCUCCUACAAGGUGGGUUGGGCCGCACACAGCAGAUAA